UUUGGAAGGGUACAGGCAGGAAAGCGUUAACGGGGAAGCAGGGACUGGCCGAGACCUCUCGACUGGGCUGUUGAUGGGAAUGGGGGGCACUCUCAACUUGGGUCCCGAGGUUUCUUCCUGGGCUUCAUGAGGGGUCUUGAAGAGUAAGGGGCAGUAAAGCUGUGAUGUUACUGCAGGAAGGGAGUAGGGUGUUAUCCAGACGCGGAAGGGUUAAUGGGAGUUGUCCUUGAUGACUGGAGGGGUAGGGGCCCCUCCUCCCACCAGAGGAAACCCGGGGUCUGCCAUUGGGAGUGUGGAGGCAGAGUUCAGAGGUGCAGCCAUCUGUAAAGAGACCUGAACUGGGCAUGAAGGGUCAGGCACCCCUGGGCAGAGGGUGAGAUAAAGCCAGGGGCAGUUGGGGAAGGGGGCUCUUUCAGAAGAAGAUGCCAGUGAGAGAGAGUGCCCUGACUGGUAGACAUCCACACGGAAGGAGCUGGACCCAGCUGCCCCAGUGGACAAGGACACUUGAAGAUCAAAUCUGUUCCGGCCUGGCAGUCUGUCCCCAUUCGGACAAGGGCCCCACACACCGUGACGUGGAUUCAAGCCACCUGUACCUCCCUUGGCUGCCCCAGGGCUGCUAGGAUCCAGCAAUGCCUGUGAGAAAACCUCCUUCACCUUCCUCAGGCAGGAGUUGCCUGUGCGCCUGGCUAACAUCAUGAAAGAGAUCAACCUGCUUCCCGACCGGGUGCUCAGCACACCCUCUGUGCAGCUGGUGCAGAGCUGGUAUGUCCAGAGCCUCCUGGACAUCAUGGAGUUCCUGGACAAGGACCCUGAGGACCAUCGCACCCUGAAUCAGUUCACGGACGCCCUGGUCACCAUCCGGAACCGGCACAAUGACGUGGUACCCACCAUGGCACAAGGUGUGCUUGAGUACAAGGACACUUACGGCGAUGACCCCGUCUCCAACCAGAACAUCCAGUACUUCCUGGACCGCUUCUACCUCAGCCGUAUCUCCAUCCGCAUGCUCAUCAACCAGCACACCCUCAUCUUUGAUGGCAGCACCAACCCAGCCCACCCCAAACACAUCGGCAGCAUCGACCCCAACUGCAACGUCUCUGAGGUAAUCAAAGAUGCCUAUGACAUGGCUAAGCUCCUGUGUGACAAGUAUUACAUGGCCUCACCUAACCUGGAGAUCGAGGAGCUCAAUGCCUUGACUUUCCCUGCAGCAGCCAACUCCAAACAGCCGAUUCACAUGGUCUACGUCCCCUCUCACCUCUACCACAUGCUCUUUGAGCUCUUCAAGAAUGCUAUGCGGGCGACUGUGGAAAGCCAUGAGUCCAGCCUUGUUCUCCCACCCAUCAAGGUCAUGGUGGCCUUGGGCGAGGAAGAUCUGUCCAUCAAGAUGAGUGACCGAGGUGGGGGUGUUCCCUUGAGGAAGAUCGAGCGACUCUUCAGCUAUAUGUACUCCACAGCACCCACCCCCCAGCCUGGCACUGGGGGGACCCCGUUGGCUGGCUUUGGCUACGGGCUCCCCAUUUCCCGCCUCUACGCCAAGUAUUUCCAGGGAGACCUGCAGCUCUUCUCCAUGGAAGGCUUUGGGACCGACGCUGUCAUCUAUCUCAAGGCCCUGUCCACCGACUCAGUGGAGCGCCUGCCCGUCUACAACAAGUCAGCCUGGCGCCACUACCAGACCAUCCAGGAGGCCGGUGACUGGUGUGUGCCCAGCACCGAACCUAAGAACACAUCCACAUACCGCGUCAGCUAAGGGCCACGUGCAUCUGCACCUGAGAGGAUGGACCAGCCACCGUGGUGCCCCUCCCCAUCUUCCUGGGGUAGCAGGGGGUGGGUUCUCCCUGAUGACCAGGCUCUGUCUCUAUGGAAGUCACUGUGGUGAUAUCUGUGAUGGUCCCUAAGUGCCAGUCCAUCUCCGUGGAGACCCCUCAGUGGCUUCCCCAUCUCUGUGGGUGAUGCCUGAGGGUUGGGGAUGUCUCCACCCUGAUGGGGUAUCCCAGAGACAUUUUCCCAUGGCAGUCCUCCUCUCUGAGGUCAGGGCUGUCACUUUCUGCCAGGGGUCCACACCCUCUGCAGCCCAGGCCUUCCAAGUGGAUGCCCUGUUGGCCUUACUCCCCCAGCCCACAGAGGCACCGUGGCCUUGGCCUGUUGAAGUGUUAGGAAGAGGCAGGGUGCCCUCCAGACCUGGGGACUGAGUGGGGAAUGAGGCUUGUCCUGCAGCCUCUCACUCCACUUGGGGCUUUAAGGUCAAGGUUGGUGGGGGAGGGGUGGUUCUAACAGGGUCCACCCCUAAAGUGGACGGACCUUGUUAGACCCAGAGGUUGCCACCCAGAAGUUGCUCGAGGCCCUGCAGCGGCCUUGGCAAUGUUUGUGCCACCUCCCAAGCCCUCCCAGCAUGUCCUCACAUCCUCCUGCCCACCCACCCUCCGAAAGCCCAGUCCGUCCUGCCUGAGCCCUAGCCGCCAGCCCCCACUGUGCCCAGACACAUGUGCUCAGGGUGGCUUUCUCCCUAGGACCUCUGUGUGUAUAGCUAGUUUUAUAACCCUGAAUGCCCCCACCCUUCCCCUUAGCACACGGGGGUUAAAGCUGUGUGUUAUGUCCCUCCCAGUGGCUGUGGCAGUGACACCCACACCCCCAGUAAAGAGGAAACUGACUAAGA